AUGAUCCUGCUUCGGACAAUUCUGCAGCUGGAACACGAUGUCCCUACACGGAGAAUGGACAUUGCACACUAUAAGCAAGAAGACCUGAUUGAGAUGAUGGCAACUCUUCUUCUGGAGCUCUCAGAAAGUAAUUUCAGCACGAAUUCUCUUCCAAUAGACGCCCUAAAAGACCGUGAAUACGAGUCCUGUGCGGACUCAGUUUCACUAUUUUGCGCCAAAAAAGCACCAUCUAUCACAAUCCACGCGUAUUUGACGCGAAUCUUCAAGUACUGUCCCGCUACGAAUGAUGUUUUUUUGAGUUUGCUCGUGUAUUUUGAUAGACUCGUGGUCCUCUCCGGCGGAGCCGUGGUAAUCGGCAACGAGAACAUUCAUCGCUUGCUGAUAGCGGGAUUCACGUGUGCGAGCAAGUACUGGAGCGAUGUUUACUACACAAAUAGUCGUUCUGCCAAGGUUGGGGGUAUCCGACUGCAGGAACUCAAUACCCUCGAACUCCAUUACUUCUCGCUCCUAAAGUUCUCACUCUACAUACGACUGGAAGAGCUUCAACAGUAUGCGGACGGUCUUCUUCACUGGUAUACGAAGCGACAGCAACUCAAUGGCUCCAACAACAGCCAUGAAGCCAAGAUACCCAAAACCCAAGACAACGACGACUAA